UACAAAUAUUCUGAUUGGGUAUCCUCCAGGCCGUUGCCAAGCACGGACCUCCCCAGCUAUUAUUCGUCUUAUUGCCUACAACCUAUAACUCGGUAUAAUAUCCCCGGCACAGCCUGCAGGCGCGCACCGAGCCGCGGCCUUGACAGUUUUAGUUGUUUACUGCCGUACAUAAACACAGAAAUUCUCUCUCUCAUACCCUUGCAUGAACCGAGCAGACAGUCAGACGAGUCCUUGCUAGGCGAGAGCCCGAGAUAGAACACAUACCAAAAUCCAUUUCAAUAUUCCCAUGUUCUUUACCAAAGGGAAAAAGCCGUCUCUCAGGACGAUAUGCGCGGCUCUGACGGGUGUAUUUUUGUUCAGCUUGGGAAAUCUCCUGCUCAAGUCCUCAGGCUAUAGCCUGGACACACAGAGUACUCCUGCGCAAUCUACUAUCUUCAACUCGCAAUUGUAUGUCCAAGGUCCACCCACCCAACGCUUUCGAGAUAACCUUCGCAACGACACCAAGUACAUUACAUCGUGGGGUUCAGCGGGAUGGACGAACGACGUGAUAACCUAUGGCAAUUUGAUAUACCUCGCUCUCAUAACAGAACGUGUACCCAUAAUCCCAAAGUUCCUCUCUAACCAUAUCGACCCAAGCGCACCUCCAUUUAUUUUCGAGGGAGUAUUUGACGUCCCUCGACUCACUCAAGCCAUAGGGAUACACUUGCUUCAAUGGCACGAAGUCAAGGAUCCAGAAAGUCAGGUUCUCGAUGAUCUUGGUUGUUGGACUGUCUGGGAAACUGUUCAACAGCACAUCGGGGUUCCUGAACCACGGCGAAGUCCCUCCCUGAACGUGCUCAAACUCGAUAUUUCGUGGACGCGAACCCCAGCUUGGGUCGAGCUGACAUCUCCUAGCAUACAUCACAAUCAUGCAUCCUUUUGGUCUCUCGCAUCACUUGGGUUUUCAGAGGCUCGCUCCAAAAGCCUGGAAUUAUCAUUAACGAAUCAUCCUUCUCCUCAGCACAAGGUUUCCCUUCCCCCGGACGAUCACGUAUUAUGCUUCGAUUUGCUUUACUACGUAAGCGCCCAUCAUACAUGGGAAUGGGAAUUAGACUAUUCUCCCGCAUGGAGAUUUGUAGGCCAACACAUGCGAUGGACUGCAAGCAUGGAAAAGAUUGCCGAUGCGCAUGCUCGACGCGCUAUGAAUGUACCAGUAACUAAACCAACACCUCCCUAUAUAUCGAUCCACAUACGGCAUGGUGACUUCAGCCAACAAUGCGGGGAGUAUCCAGUGGACCAGUGCUUUGCCCCGCUGUCUGUUAUUGCGCGCAGGGUGUCUGAGGUGCAAGAAGAGCUUCGCACACGGAAAGGAAUUGAUGCUACACAUGUUAUCAUGACGAGCGACGAAAGGGACCCGAAAUGGUGGUCAGAUGUUAGGGCGUUAGGGUGGACGUGGGUAGAUUAUGCAGCGGAACGGACAGAGGAGGUCUAUGGAAAAUGGCAUCCGGUGUUCAUUGAUGCUAUCAUUCAGUCGAAUGGAGCUGGCUUCGUUGGCACUCGUGGUUCUACGAUGUCCACACUAGCUAGCCGCAGAGUACAGUCGUGGCAUGACGGAGCGACUCGGCUCAUUACAUGGGGAUGGCCGGGCGCGGACAACCACUGA